AUGUCAGCCACAACUCUUCCCAACGUCUCCGUAGCCAUCAUCGGCGCCGGCAUCGGCGGUCUGACCCUCGGUGCAUUCCUCCGCCGUCUGGGGAUCCCCUUCGUUAUCCUGGAGCGAACAGCAGUCCUCACGCCCCUGGGGGCCGGGAUCUCCCUAGCGCCCAACUGUCUCGCCGCGCUAGAGCAACUAGGUCUCUAUGAGACGAUCCGCCAGAACGCGCAGGAAUUACGAGGGAUCAACGUGUACCGCGAGAAGCGCUGCUGGGGGACCAUUGACUUUGGGCUCGCGAAGCAGUGGUUCGGGUACAAUGUGCUUUCGAUCGAGAGAUACGAAUUCCAUCGGUAUUUGUACGAGGCGGCCGGCGGCGCGGGCGUAGUCCAGUUGGGGUGGGAUGUUGCCCGCAUCGAGGGCCUUGAGAAUGCCGACGGUGACCUACGGGUCAUUAGCGCUGAUGGUCGAGAGGUCCAUACUGAUAUCGUUGUCGGAGCAGACGGUAUCCGGAGUGUCACUCGGAGGAUUCUAUCGCGGUCAAUGGGCCUCCAGCCCGAAAACACCAUCCGGUUUACCGGCCGCGUGCACAUGUCCGGCUACACAAAGCCGCUGUCUCACUUGUCGACGACCGACCUCGGCAUCGGCCAUUGGAUGCUCUACAACGAUUGCAUCCUUACCACAUGGCCGUGCAAAGAGAACCGGCAGUGGUUCAUCGGCGUCAAGGCCGCACCUCCUGAUGAAAAGAGCCCUGAUCGCUCCGUGUGGAAGGGCGCAACGUCCGAUACAGUGAACGCGGUGUAUGGAAGCAGGUUCCAUCCGUUCGGGGAGGAUGGGACUGUCGAAGCGAGUAUGUAUGCCAUCCCAGCACCUGCGAUUGCCGGUAACUCAAGGGAUGAUAAGUUGUCAAUAAUUCCGAACGCGUCGUCGCUAGCAACGUCUUCGAGGAAGCCGACUUCCCGCACAUGGUUCGGGGCCGAGUGGCGCUCCUGGGUGAUGGUAUACAGAACUUGA